AGAUACACCUCUCGCUGUGAUUGGUUGUUCGCUGCAAGCACUCCACUCGAUCCGAGGGUUGAAGGUGAUAUUUGUCCUACGGUGUCUACGGUUUUCCAUCGCGAUUAUGUCAUCCUGUGCCCUCUACAGCACGCGCACACAUCUGUGCAGACAUCUGACACAUAAAUAUCUGUGCAGGACCUACACCACACGACCAUCUCUAAAUGAAGUUGUCAUUGUCAGUGCUGUCAGAACCCCAAUGGGGUCUUUUAAAGGAAGCCUCUCCACCGUUCCUGCGACCAAGCUGGGAUCCAUAGCCAUAAAAGGAGCCAUUGAGCGAGCAGGAAUCCCUGUGGAGGAGGUGAAGGAAGUGUACAUGGGCAAUGUGUUGCAGGCAGGUGAAGGACAAGCACCAACCCGGCAAGCUCUUCUGGGCGCAGGCCUCUCACUGUCCACUCCAGCAACGACGAUCAACAAAGUCUGUGCCUCUGGGAUGAAGUCCAUCAUGAUGGCCGCUCAAAGUCUCAUGUGUGGACAUCAGGAUGUCAUGGUUGCUGGUGGAAUGGAGAGCAUGUCUCAGGUUCCCUAUGUUAUGGCCAGAGAAACGCCUCCUUAUGGAGGAGUGAAGAUGGAGGAUCUGAUUGUAAAGGAUGGAUUGACAGAUGUCUAUAACAAAUUCCACAUGGGAAACUGUGCCGAAAACACAGCCAAAAACAGCUGCAUCUCCAGAGAGGAGCAGGACGCGUUUGCCAUUAACUCUUACAGCCGCAGCAAAGCAGCAUGGGAGUCUGGUAUCCUGGCCAAGGAAAUAGUUUCUGUUAGCAUCCCUCAGAGAGGGAAACCAGACAUUGUUGUGAAGGAAGAUGAAGAGUAUAGAAAGGUCGACUUCAGCAAAGUCCCCAAACUGAAGACUGUGUUCCAGAAAGAGAAUGGCACUGUGACGGCCGCUAAUUCUAGCACACUAAACGAUGGUGCAGCUGCACUCGUGCUAAUGACAGCGGAUGCAGCAAAGAGGCUAAACUUAACACCACUCGCAAGGAUUGCUGCUUUUGCUGAUGCCGCCGUCGCCCCAAUCGAUUUCCCUAUCGCUCCAGCCUUUGCCGUCCCCAAGGUCCUGAAGGCAGCAGGUGUGCAGAAAGAAGACAUUGCCAUGUGGGAGAUCAAUGAAGCCUUUAGUGUCGUGGUUCUGGCCAACAUCAAGAUGUUAGACAUCGACCCCAACAGAGUCAAUAUCAAUGGCGGAGCAGUCUCCCUCGGACAUCCAAUUGGGAUGUCGGGGGCAAGAAUCGUAGGACACAUGGUGCAUAAUCUAAAAUCAGGGCAGUAUGGACUUGCUGGAAUCUGCAACGGAGGCGGCGGCGCCUCUUCUAUUCUGAUCCAGAAAUAUUAGGACUGUUAAUCUCAUGACGUUAACAGAAUGUAUGAUGUAGCAAUUCUUAGACUACACCAUAAGUAUCUCCAUGCCUAUAGCCUUACUGUGAGCUCUUGUUCUCUCCAUUCAUGGUCACUCCUGUUUUUCACUAAAGACUAAUUUUUUGAGGCUCACUCAGUGAUCACUGGACAUGUAGUGUUCUCAAAUAGAAGUAUUUAUUCCAAACAUUUAUUUUUCAUAGUUUUGUUUUGAUGAAAGGGUUUAGAUUGUUAAAAUCUGUAACUGAAAUAAAAGAGAUUGUUGAUUGUU